GGGAGAGGGAUUGUUCAGUUCCACCAUUGAGUUUCUUCUUCUUCAUCAUCCUAGUAAUAAUAGUAGUGUUUGUUUAUUUGAUUCCCAAUUAUGUCAGUAGGAGAGACCAUAGGUGCGAUUUUGGAAACUUUACCAGCGGGAUUCAGAUUUCAUCCCACCGAUGAAGAACUGGUUGAUCACCAUUUGAAGCCGAAGAUACUGGGCAUGGAUUCCCAAGUAGAAAUCAUCCCUGAGGUUGAUAUCUGCAAAUGGGAGCCGUGGGAAUUACCAGGUUCUUCAGUGAUAAAAACAGAUGAUCCAGAGUGGUUCUUCUUCAGUCUUCUUGAUUACAAGUAUUCAAAAGGCAGUCGUUCCAACAGGAAAACAAAGGCUGGCUACUGGAAACCCACCGGUAAGGAUCGUGACAUCUUGUCUGGGACCAACAAAGAGGUGAUCGGUGCCAAGAAAACUUUGGUUUUCUAUAUAGGCCGUUGUCAUGCUGCCACCAGGACCAACUGGGUUAUCCACGAGUAUCGUGCAGAUAUUGCGGGCCUUCCUGCCAAAAGGGCCUAUGUUCUGUGUCGCUUAAAGAGAAAAACAGAUGAGAAUACAGGUUCUGAUAUUCCAACCCCUGAUGAAGCUGUUGCAGGUGGGUUCUCUCCAGAAAUUAACUUUAAUGGUACUGGGAAUCAUCUGAGUGGCCUAGCCAACAACAAGACCUUAGGUGCUGGGCCGAGCCACCAUUCUAGCAAUGUUGGAAAUUCCCAAGUAGAGGAAAUGACUUUAGAUGAGGAUUCUCAGCUACAAGGUUUAUUAAAUGAUUUCACAUCUACUCCACCGAGUUCUGAUUGGUUCUCUGACACAGAGCAAGGACUUGACUGGGAUCUCCCAUCUCCCAGUGGCUUUAACAAUAUCUAUGGAAGUAUGCAGUUUCAGGAUGGGUUUGAUACAGCAGAAUUCGUGGUUGAUCCGGAUGAAUACCAUUGUGAAGGAUUAACAGGUCAGGGGAGCCCAGCUGUUGAUGGUCGGAACCUGAACAAUGGUUCUGCUGGCAGGCUAUCAGCCGGCCCACAGAGCCCACAGAAGGGAGUGUAUGGUAAGGACGGUGGAUCAAGCAGUAACACUGACACUGCAGUGCUCCAAGGUUCCUGUUUGCAGGCCAAAGACAGGGCAGAAUAUGGUUCUGUUAUUGAUCUGCUCCAGAACAAAAACCCCAUCAGAGAGUUCAACAGAGACUCCAAAGUUACUGAAAAAGCAAAUCGAAAGCGGAGUUCAAUAUGGAAUGAGCCAGUCGGAAUGAAUAAAAAGGGUUCCUUCAGUUCCCCAGAGACAGCUUCUGCAAGCCAUGAGCCAAGUUCCUCACCAGUGGGCUACGGAUUUCGGCCCACCGAUGAAGAACUGGUUUAUCACUAUUUGAAGUCGAAGAUACUGGGCACAGAAUCCCACGAAGGUAUCAUCCCUGUCAUUGAAGCCUACAAAAUGGAUCCUUGGUUUAUAUCAGGUUCUUGUUUACUUCUUUCAGAGAUACAAACAGAUGGUCCGGAGUACUUCUUCUUCUGUCCUCUUCAUCCAAUGUUCCCAAAUCUGAAAGCAAGGGUGAGGCCACCGAAGAGGUGA